AGAAAGAGAGAGAGAAAGACAGACAGACAAGACAGACAGACACAGAGGGAGAGAGGAGGACGCUUCUUUUCCGGCACGUACUUCCGGCAGGAGCGACGGGGGAACCUGCUCGGGAGUCCUAGAGGCUUCGCGGGUCAGGUGAAAGCGAGAAGUGAGGGAAGCAGAGAAGAUUGAAAGAAGGUGAUACUAUUAGAUGAAUUGGAAUGUGAAGUACAGAGCUACAUAUUUUAAAUAUUAUAAACAUCUAGCUACAAUAAGGAGAAAAAAUAUAGCUGUAAUUGAAUGAGGAAUCUGUUGCUUCAGUAGCCUUUUUCUUCAAGAGUGGGUCUUUGAAUGAGGAUGACAAUGGAAGAGAUGAGGAAUGAAGCAGAGACCACUUCUAUGGUUUCCAUGCCUCUUUAUGCAGUUAUGUAUCCUGUCUUUAAUGAGCUAGAACGAGUAAAUCUGUCAGCAGCUCAAACAUUGAGAGCAGCUUUUAUUAAGGCAGAAAGGGAAAACCCAGGUCUCACACAAGAUAUUAUCAUAAAAAUUUUGGAGAAGAAAAGCAUUGAAGUUAAUUUUACUGAAUCUCUUUUGCGCAUGGCAGCGGAUGAUGUAGAAGAGUACAUGAUUGAAAGACCAGAGCCCGAAUUCCAAGACCUCAAUGAAAAGGCACGAGCACUUAAACAGAUUCUCAGCAAGAUUCCAGAUGAGAUCAAUGACAGAGUGAGGUUUCUUCAGACAAUCAAGGACAUUGCCAGUGCAAUAAAGGAACUUCUCGAUACAGUAAAUAAUGUCUUCAAGAAAUACCAAUAUCAGAACCGGAGGGCACUUGAACACCAAAAAAAAGAAUUUGUAAAAUACUCCAAAAGUUUCAGUGACACUUUGAAAACUUAUUUUAAAGAUGGAAAGGCAAUAAAUGUGUUCAUAAGUGCCAACCGACUAAUUCAUCAAACUAACUUGAUACUCCAGACCUUCAAAACUGUGGCCUGAAAAAAAAACCUGUAUAGGUUGAGAGCUGUAGUUUUCAAUGACUGAUAGGAUACCUUUAUAUGUAAACUUUAAAGUUUUGACUGUGUAAAUUAUCAAUCCCACUUGAAGGGACUUAAUGCAGGAUUUGAAUGGGAUUUAUUGCCAUCUUACACCAUAUUUUUGUAAAAACAUAGCUUAAUCAUAAUCACACAAUGAAGAUUUUGCAUCACUUUUUUGCUAUUAUUCUUUUCAGAAUUAUAAGCCAAAAGAAUUUACGCCUUAAUGUGUCAUUAUGUAACAUUCCUUAUAAGAACUGUAAAUAUUUGGUGUUCUGUUUCUGACAUUUUAACUUGAAAGCGAAAAACUGCAACAGAAUUAUGUAUUUAACAAUAUUGGUGGCAAAUAUUCAAUAAAUAGUUUACAUCUGUUUAUCUCUAA